AUGGAGAGGAAGUUUUUCUUGGGACAAUAUUUGAUAUGGGUGAUAUUACUGUUGGGGCAGCUACAUGGAUACAAAAGCUGUGUUGAAAAAGAAAGGAAGGCGUUGUUGGAUCUCAAGAAAUACAUAUUCUCAAUUACUAUUAAAGAGAUGUCUGACUAUGUUGUUCCUAAUUGGAGUUACGAAGCAAAGAGCGAUUGCUGCCGUUGGGAUGGUGUAAAGUGCAAUCCUGCAAGCAAACGGGUGACCGAUAUUGAUUUUGGUGAUUUGUAUCUCAAAGAUACUUAUCUCCUAAAUCUUUCUUUGCUGCAUUCCUUCGAAGAUGUUCGUAGUCUUUCUUUCCAUGGAGGCAAUGAAUUUCUCGGUGUCGUUUACUACCGUUUCAAUGGUGUGUUUGAUGAUGUUGAAGGUUAUAAAAGCUUAAGUAGAUUAAGAAACCUGGAGAUUCUGGAUCUCUCUUCAAAUGAGUUCAACAGCAGCAUAUUUCCCUUUCUUAAUGCGGCUACUUCACUUACAACUCUUUCUCUUCGGGAUAACGACUUUGAUGGCCCUUUUCCUGCUAAAGAAGUUAAAGAUUUGACAAACUUGGAACUGUUAAACUUGAGUAGAAACAGAUUUAAAGGCCCCCUAGAAGUACAAGGCUAUAAGAGCUUAAGGAGAUUAAAUAACCUGGAGAUUCUGGAUCUUUCUAGAAAUACAUUCAACAACAGCAUAUUUCCCGUUCUCGGUUCCGCUACAUCACUCAAGAGACUGUUUCUUAGGUCCAACAAAUUGGAUUGCCCUUUCCCAGAGGAAGAACUUAAAGAUCUCACAAACUUGGAGCUGCUGGACUUGAGUGAAAACAAAUUUAAUGGCCCUUUACCAAUGCUAGUGUUACCUGCUCUAAGGAAUCUGAAAGCUUUGGAUCUAAGUGGUAAUGAAUUUUUUGCAUCAAUGGGAUUACAAGGCAAGUCCAUACAUAUACUAUGUUACUUCAUUAAAGUUGGUGGUGAAUUAACGUUUACUGAUGUGUAUGUAAAUUUGCAUUUGAUCAUCACAGGAAUUUGCGAAAUGAAAAAUAUGCAAGAGCUUGAUCUCAGUCAUAACAAACUUGAAGGCCAGUUUCCUUUAUGCUUAACUGACUUGACUCGACUUCGAGUUCUUGAUCUCUCAUCAAACCAAUUGACUGGGAAAGUUCCAUCUUCUCUCGGUAACCUUAGAUCCCUCAAGUACUUAUCGUUGUUAGAUAACAAUUUUGAAGGCUUCUUCUCACUUGGUUCGCUUGCCAACCUCUCGGAGUUGAGGGUUUUCAAACUUGGUUCGAAAUCCAAAUCAUUUCAAGUAAAAUCUAAAAGUAACUGGAAGCCAAAAUUUCAGCUGAGUGUUAUUGAACUAGCAUCUUGCAACUUGGUGAAGGUUCCUUGUUUUCUCCUAUACCAAAAGGAUUUGAGUCGCAUUGAUCUCUCUAACAAUAAAAUGUCAGGAUAUUUUCCUCAUUGGCUAUUGGUCAACAAUUCAAAACUCGAAGUUUUGUUUCUACAAAAUAAUUCGUUUACAAGUUUUCAGCUUCAAGAUUCUGCUCAUAAUCUGCAUUUCUUGGAUGCUUCAGCCAAUGACUUCAAUCAUAUGCUUCCUGAGAAUAUUGGGUGGAUACUUCCUCAUUUACAUUAUAUGAAACUAGCUAAUAACGGUUUUCAUGGAUUUUUACCAUCUUCUCUUGGUAACAUGGAAGAUAUAUUAUAUCUGGAUUUAUCUCAUAACAGCUUCCAUGGGACACUGCCAAGAAGUUUUCUUACGGGUUGUUAUUCAAUGGCAUUCUUGACACUGUCACAUAACAAACUAAGUGGAGAGGCGUUUUCUUCGGAAACAGUCAACUUUCCUGGAAUAAAAGAGCUGUCCAUGGAUAACAAUCUUUUUACAGGAAAGAUUGGUCAAGGUUUGCGGAGCAUGGAAUUCUUGGAACUGCUAGACAUUUCAAACAACAAUCUCACAGGUGUUAUUCCAAGCUGGAUUGGUGAGUUUCAAAACUUGCAGGCACUACUACUUUCAAACAACUCAUUGGAAGGUGAAAUACCUAUUUCUUUGUUCAACUUAACUGAUCUUGAGCUGCUGGACCUUUCCGCAAACAUUUUAUCUGGGGGCAUACCUCCAAAGGUCAGUUCGACAAGACGGGUAUUAUUACUCCUUCAAGAUAAUAAUUUGUCCGGGGCUAUUCCGGACACAUUGUUGAUUAACGUCACUAUUCUUGAUCUGAGAAAUAAUAGAUUGUCUGGGAAUAUUCCGGAGUUCAGUAACACCCAAGACACACACACUCUUCUUCUUCGAGGGAAUGAUUUAUCAGGUAGCAUUCCUCACCGGUUGUGUGGUCUAAGAAACAUAAAACUUCUUGAUCUUGCCGACAACAGACUGAAUGGGUCCAUACCUUCAUGCUUCAGCAAUACAUCAUUUUCUUUUGGGAAAGAGGAUUCAGUAUUUGAUCAGGAUUACGGAAGUAUUGUAGCCAUUGAUAUUAAGUUCACUGGUUUUACUCCGCAGAGAGACUUCCGUGUAGAGGGUUUCCGUAUAUAUUUUGAAUCUCUUAUCAUGGUGGAACCAUUUAUAUUGAUAUACAAGACAAUCACCCGGAUUAAAAUUGAAUUCGCGACAAAGCACCGUUACGAUACUUACCUUGGUGAGAAUCUCAAAUUGUUGUUUGGAAUGGAUCUCUCCAAAAAUGAGUUGAGUGGUGAUAUCCCUACAGAUCUUGGAGGUCUUUUGGAGAUACAAUCUCUUAAUCUUUCUCACAAUAGCUUGUCAGGGUUGAUACCAAAAAGCUUUUCAGGUCUGAAGAAUGUGGAAAGCCUUGAUCUCUCCUUCAACAGGUUACAAGGCCGGAUCCCAUCACAACUCACGGAGCUGUGCAACUUAGCUGUUUUCAACGUCUCCUUCAACAACUUAUCUGGAGUCAUUCCACAAGGAAAACAGUUCAAUACCUUUGAUGCAAAAAGCUACUUAGGUAAUCCUCUUCUUUGCGGACAAUCAAUCAACACAAGCUGCGACAACAGUCACUAUCAAGAACCAGAAAAUGGUAUAGAGGACGAUGAGAGCAAAAUCGACAUGGUUUCAUUCUACUGGAGUGUAGCUGCAGCUUAUGUGACUAUACUCCUUGGAAUAUUCACAUCUCUCUCUUUUGACUCUCCUUGGAGAAGAUUUUGGUUCAGCAUCGUUGACGCUUUCAUCCACAAGGCAAAGAAUUUGUUGUUGUUUGCGGGUGCCGAAUCCAUACCUCUGCCCUCAUCUUCUUCUUCCUACACGGAACUACACGGAUACAAAGGCUGUAUUCAGAAAGAAAGGAACGCUCUAAUGGAGCUCAAGCAAUACCUUAUCUCCAUUUCUGAAGAAGGACAAGCCGACUAUGUUCUCCCUACUUGGACUAAUGACACAAAGAGCCAUUGCUGCCACUGGGAGGGCGUCAAGUGCAGUCGUACAAGCCCUCGUGUGACCAAGAUUGCUUUUGGUGAUUUGUAUCUCAAAGAGAAUUCUUUCUUUAAUCUUUCUUUGCUGCAUCCCUUUGACGAGGUUCGAAGUCUAGACUUUUCCGGGUGCGCUUUCAGUGCCUUGUUUGAUGAUAUGGAAGGUUAUAAAAGCUUAAGUAGAUUAAGAAACCUGGAGAGUCUGGAUCUCUCUUCAAAUCAAUUCAACAACAGCAUCUUCCCAUUUCUUAACGCUGCUACUUCACUUACAACUCUGUUUCUUGGGUUCAACAAGAUGGAUGGCCCUUUUCCUGUUAAAGAACUAAGAAACUUGUCAAACUUGGAACUGCUGGAUCUGAGUGGAAAUGGAUAUAACAACUCCAUGCCAGGUAGAACCUACGUCUGUUUUUUGAAGAAUCUGCAGGAGCUCUACCUCCGCGGAAAUUAUCUUGCCGGCCGGCUUCCUCUGUGUCUUGGUAGCUUGAACAAGCUACAGGUUCUUGACCUUUCACUAAACCAAUUAAGUGGAACUAUACCAUCUAGUUUCAGUAGCCUUGAGUCCCUCGAAUAUCUGUCAUUAUCAGAUAACAACUUCAGAGGCUUGUUCUCCCUCAGCUUCCUUGCCAACCUCACAAAGCUCAAGGUGCUCAAACUUUCAUCAACAUCUGAUAAGGUCCAAGUAGUUACAGAAAGUACCUGGCUGCCAAAGUUUCAACUAAGUAUUGCUUCUCUACCGUCCUGCGGCUUGAAGAAGAUCCCAAACUUUCUCAUGUACCAGAAGAAGUUGCUUCUACUUGAUCUAUCCAGCAACAGAAUACCCGGAACCAUUCCUACCUGGCUCUUGGCUAAUAAUUCAGAACUUGAAGUUCUACAGCUGCAGAACAACUCAUUCACUGUCUUCCAGAUUCCUACAAUAGUCCAUAAGUUGCAGUUCUUGGAUUUUUCAGCAAAUAAUAUCAACGGAGUAGUGCUCCCUGAUGGUUUUGGACAUGUGCUUUCAAAUCUGAUACAUAUGAAUGGCUCUCAUAAUGGUUUCCAAGGGAAGUUUCCAUCAUCUAUUGGUGAGAUGAAGAAUAUAUCAUUCCUGGACCUGUCUCAUAACAAUCUCUCUGGAGAGAUACCUAGAAGCUUAUUCACAGGUUGUUAUUCAUUACAAAUCCUGCACCUGUCUCACAACAAAUUUACUGGUCAUGUUCUUCCAAGACAGACGAACCUAACAUCAUUGGUAGUGUUGAGGAUGGAUAACAACUUAUUCACUGGGGAGAUCGGUGAAGGUUUCCUUACCUUGGUUAACUUGUCAGUACUUGACAUAUCAAACAAUCUUCUCAGCGGUUCUGUUCCAAGUUUGAUACCAAACUCAUCUGAUAUGUUUAUGUUAUUGUUAUCAAACAACCUCUUAGAAGGUACGUUACCCUCUUCUCUCCUGGCUAAUCAACAUCUCAACUUUCUUGACCUCUCUGGGAACUUAUUAUCCGGAGCCUUGCCAUCAUAUGAUAGUUCUAUAUACGGGAUAAAGUUGUUCUUACAUAACAACAGCUUCACAGGGGAGAUACCAAGAACAUUGUUGGAAAAUGCUGAGAUACUUGAUUUGAGGAAUAAUAAACUCUCUGGGAGUAUCCCACAGUUUGUCAACACCAUGGACAUGAGAAUCUUUUUGUUGAAGGGGAAUAACUUAACAGGAGCUAUCCCAAGGGAGCUGUGUGGUCUGAAAAACAUUGGAGUUUUAGAUAUUUCAAACAACAAGCUUAGUGGAGUCAUACCUUCUUGCCUCCAUAAUUUAUCAUUUGGAUCAGGAGAGUAUGAGGAGGUGAGGAAUGGAGCCACUGAGGCAUAUGGCUUUGUACCGAGCCUUCAUUGGGAACUUUACAGAUCAUCAUUUUUGGUUGAUGAGUUCAAGUUAGACUAUGAAACGUACAUGAGUUUUGAAAUCCAGUUUGCAGCAAAGCAAAGGUAUGAUUCAUACACUGAAGAAUCUAAGAUCAGCAGAGGAACACUUGAUUUUAUGUAUGGAUUGGAUCUGUCUAGCAAUGUGUUAAGUGGUGUUAUCCCGGAAGAGCUUGGAGAACUCUCGAAACUACGAGCCAUGAAUCUAUCUCGGAACUUUUUGUCGAGUUCUAUACCGGAUAGCUUCUCAAAACUGAAGGAUAUUGAGAGUCUUGAUCUUUCUUAUAACAUGUUACAUGGUAACAUCCCUCGUCAGUUAACAAACCUCACUUCUCUUGCUGUCUUCAACGUCUCCUACAACAAUUUAUCAGGCAUCAUUCCCCAAGGGAGGCAAUUUGACACAUUCAACGAUAUGAGCUACUUAAGCAAUCCUCUUCUUUGUGGAUUACCAACCAAGAGAAGUUGUCAAGAAGCUAAGAAGAGAACAGAGGAAGUUGAUAAAAGAGGAGAAGAAGAAGUUGAUAAAAGAGGAGAAGAAGAAGAUGAUGAAGCUGAUAUUGACAUGAUGGUCUUCUAUUGGACUAGUGCAUCAACUUAUGUGACUGCGUCGAUAGGUAUUCUUGUCCUUAUGUUCUUUGAUUGUCUUUGGCGUCAAGCAUGGCUCCGCCUUGUUGAUGCUUUCAUCACCUCUACAAAAAAAGUGUGUGUGUCUUAA